AUGGUUUCUGAACAAUCGCCUGCUCCUGAGACAGCCGGUGUUAAUAUGGAUGCCCAGCAGGAAAAGGGCAAUGUGCUCGACAGCAGCACUCAGUCUGAUGAAUCCCACUCUGAAGAGUCGAACACUAACGAAAGCGAGAGACUUCCGGGAUGGAAGAUAUUCGUCAUUUGGCUGGCCAUUGCACUUGGUGUUUUGUGUACUUUCCUCGAUGAAGGCAUUAUUGCGACAGCCAUUCCGCGCAUCACUGAUGAGUUUGGAUCUCUCACAGACGUUGGUUGGUACGGCUCAGCAUAUCAAAUGACUCUUUGCGCAUUCCAACUCAUCUUCGGGCGCCUGUACAACCAGUUCAAUGUCAAGAUCAUUUUCGUGAUCUCUCUCGUCAUCUUCGAAAUUGGGUCCCUCAUAUGCGCAGUGAGCCCGAGCUCAGCAGUCUUCAUCGUCGGACGCGCCGUCGCCGGCCUCGGUGCAUCUGGCCUCCAAAGCGGCUGCUUGGUACUCAUCUCAGCAGCCCUUCCUGCAAAACAUCUGCCGAUGUACGUAGGUGCCAUAGGUAUGGUCUAUGGUGUUGCCGCUGUUCUCGGGCCGGUGGUAGGCGGCGUUAUCACGAACAGCUACCUCACGUGGAGAUGGUGUUUCUACAUCAACCUUCCAAUCGCCGCACCACCUGCUCUCGCGACGUUGUUUCUGGUCAAGUCGUCCCCACCAACCGAGGAGCAGCGGCGGCCUUGGCUGCAGAAAAUCCGGGGCUUGGAUUAUCUUGGCAUGCUCCUCUUACUGCCAGGGAUCACCUCAUUCCUCCUGGCCCUCCAAUUCGGAGGCGCGCUUUUCGCGUGGGAUGACAAACGGACCAUUGCAUGCUUUGUCGUCGCCGGCGUCCUCGUCAUCGGCUUCGUGGCCGAACAGUGGUGGAUGGGCGAAAAGGCGCUGGUGCCGCCGCGCCUAGCUAAGACGCGUGUGAUUAUCUUUGGGGCCUUUUUCGGCUUUUGCUUGGACAGUGCCUUUUUUACUCUCGCUUACUACGUGCCUCUCUGGUUUCAAGCCAUUCAGGGUGCCACGCCUGAGGAGUCUGGUGUUCGAUACCUGGCCUUGUGUCUCGCAUUUAUCCUCACCAUUUUCCUCAGCGGCUGGGGUGUCACAAAGACGGGUUAUUACCAGCCUUUCAUGCUCGCUGGUACCAUUCUUGUCUCUAUUGGCGCCGGUCUUCUCUCGACGCUCAAGAUAUCUUCAGGCGCGAACCUCUGGAUUCCCUUUCAAGUCAUCGCCGGGCUUGGUAUUGGGGCAUCGACACAGCAAGCAGCGGUAGCUGUCCAGAGCAGUCUGGAAGAGGCCGACGUUGCCAUAGGAGUGGCGGUGGUACUAUUCUUCCAAUGCUUCGGUCCUACUACUGCCAUCACAGUUGCCCAGGCCGUGUUCGCAAGCACGUUAACGUCGGGAAUAAUCUCCAAUGUCCCAGGGGUAGAUCCCGAAGCAAUUAGAAACUCGGGUGCAACUCAACUUAGAGACUUGGUAUCUCCGGACCAAUUUGGCACACUACUACAGGUAUAUAAUCAUGCCAUCACCAGGACAUUCAUAGUUGCUGCUGUCAUGGCCGCGGCGAGUGUCAUUGGCGUUGCUGGUGUCGGACUAAAGAAGAUUCCUGGGGAGGGUGACGAAAAGAAAGACGCCGAGGGCAACAGGAACCCACAAAAGGAGUCAGUGAUCUCAGUCCAAUCUACAACAUCAUGCAGGGUUAAGAUUGUCAGCCCAAUGACGGUGUAUCCAGCUGUCCGGAGUGGGUCAAGCCAACUUCUGACAAUCCCCGUUACAACUUGCCUUAGCCACACAGCGUUGCAUCCGUCCGUUCUCAAUGACAUCUUGACAAUUGACUUUCCGUUCUCCGGAAACCCAGAUCUCCAAGCUGUCGUCGGAUCGCAGCUUCGAGCUCCGGGCCACACUCAAAUGGACGACCAUAACGCGGCUGUCAAGCGCAUCGCUGAGGUCGUAAGGGACUUCCACUCGCGCCGGGAACCUUUCCGCAUCUUUCACGGUUCCACCAGCAGCACCCGGCCCGCCCACCACCAGCGCGUCGUCGACAUCAGCGAGCUGCAUCAUGUUCUGCACAUCGACACUGCGGCCGCCGUCGCCGUAGUCGAGCCCAAUGUCCCCAUGGACCAGCUCGUUGCGGCCACCUAUCGGUGCGGGUUUGUCCCGCCUGUAGUUAUGGAGUUUCCGGGUAUCACUGUCGGCGGCGGCUUCGCCGGGUCAGCCGGAGAGAGCAGCUCCUUCCGCUACGGGUAUUUUGACCAGACGGUGCAGUCUGUAGAAAUGAUUCUCGCGAGUGGGGAGGUCGUCAACGCCUCCAAGACCGAGAAUCCAGAUCUCUUCAAGGGUGCGGCAGGGGCCCUGGGGACCCUUGGUAUCGUCACAAAACUGGAGCUGCGGUUGCUGAAGGCCAAGCAAUUCGUCAAGCUCAGCUAUCACUCGUACUCGACAAUUCCGGAAGCCGUUGCUGCGAUACAACGGGAGACGAAUCUGGCGCACAAUGACUACGUCGAAGGACUGGUCUUUUCGAGGACGAGCGCCGCUGUUGUUACGGGUCAUAUGACGGAUGAUCUGCCCGAAAAAUGCCAGCCACAGACAUUCAGCAGAUCCAAGGAUCCUUGGUUCUAUCUGCAUGCACGGAAGCGAAUCGCAAAUGGCACACCGACGCCGGAUUAUGUACCGCUGCAGGAUUACUUAUUUCGGUACGACCGGGGUGCAUUCUGGAUGGGCGAGUUGGCCUUCAAAUAUUUUGGCUUUGUCCCUUUCAAUCAACUCACUCGCCGGGCUCUGAAUCGACUCAUGGACACAAGGACACUAUACAAAGCCGGCCUAAGCGGCAACAGCCGAAUGACAUUUAAAUAUACCGUUCACGACCUCUCGCUUCCAUACACCACAGUCCAGGAAUUCAUCGACUACGUGGCAGACAACCUCGAAAUAUGGCCACUCUGGCUGUGCCCCCUGCGUGCCACUGAAACCGUCGGCUUCCACCCCUACACGAUGGAGCCCGGAGGAGAGACGCCGCAACCGAUGCUCAAUGUGGGUGUGUGGGGAGCAUCGUCAAAGAAGAUUGAUAGGUUCGUCCGUCAGAACCGAGAUCUUGAGGCGAAGGUCAUGGAGCUAGGCGGGCGCAAGGUGUUAUACUCUCACGCGUACUACACCGAGUCGCAAUUCUGGGACGUGUACGAUAAAGAUUGGUAUACAAAACUGCGAGAUCGGUACAGCGCGACGAGUUUACCGACGGUUUAUGACAAGAUUACGGUUGAUGUGAGCAAGGAACGGAGGAGAAAGUCAUUGAAAGACAGGCUGGCCAUCACGUGGCCGGUUGCUGGCCUCGUCGGUGUUUGGUCUGCAAUACGGAAGUGA